AUGCCUUCAUUUGUAGAGUGUGAGGAACAGCGGGAUGCGGCUAAAUCCGCUGAUAGGUCCUCAAAGUCGAAAAUCUUUAUCGAUGCGGCAUUCGUGCCUCAGUGCAACAAAGACGGCAGCUUCAAGCCAAUCCAGUGCGACAACUUUGCGCGCGUGUGUUGGUGCGUCGACAAAGACGGGCUCGAGAUUCACGGCUCUCGCAGCGUCGGCGAGGCCAAGCCGAAUUGUUCAGCGUCUUCGUCUGUAUACACAUCCGUGUCAGACGUUUCGGGUAAUGAGACUUCUUCUGUUGUCGUUUCUUCUCCUUCAGUAGAGUGUUUUCUGACCUGA